CCACAUUAUCAGCGCCAGUCCCCACACAGUCUUCGUCUUCUACCAAAAUCUUCCUUGGUCACAAGCGAAGGAUCCAAGACAUGUGUCAGGAAUCAAACACAGAAAAUUCUUAUCACCCUCCAUCUAAGUUGUCCUGCAAGUCACCACUACCAUCAGCAAAGCUGGCUGAUGAGGCACUGGAUCUGUCCUCAUCCAUGCACUCUAAAGACCAUUUUGACACUAACGAUGAGCAGUGUGAGCAAAUGAGGCCAAUGUCUCCAUCCACACCUUUCUCAAGCUUUGGUCAUUGCACCUGUGAUUCCUGCAUUUCUGGUUCUCACAGACCGUUCACUCCAUAUUUUACAGAGGAUCUUCCACGAUGUCUAACGCCACUUGACCCAGGGCCUGCUAAUGACUUUGGACCUGAUAGCUUUACCUCAGACUCUCGAUCUCAGUUUUCUCAGGAUGAAGAUGAUGAUGAUUAUAAUGACGACGAUAAUGAUGAUAAUGAGGAAAAAGAGGAUGAUGAUGAAAUCAGCCAGCCUUUAUCUCAAGCUAGCGCUGUGAAGUUUUAUCUGCCUCAAACUUCAGUGGAUGGCAAGUUACCUGGCACUUCAUUAUCUUCAGUGGAUGCCAAGUUACCUGGCACUUCAUUAUCUUCAGUGACAGCACCCAUUAUUUCCAUUGUAUCAGAUAAAAUCUCAAAACCUGGA